AUGAGGUUGAAUCUCGCAGACACAAACGAGUGUAUCGAGGGAACAUCCAAUUGCAGCGCUGAUGCUGUGUGCAACAAUACUAAGGGAUCGUACAACUGUGCAUGCAAGCAAGGAUACAAUAGAGAUGGAAAUAUCUGCCGUUUGGACAUAGACGAGUGUAUCGAGGGAACAUCCGAUUGCAGUGCUGAUGCUGAGUGCAACAAUAUUAAGGGUUCCUACAACUGUACGUGUAAACCAGGAUAUUCUGGAGAUGGACGGACUUGCGAAGAUAUCAACGAGUGUGCUACAGGAAAACAGAACUGCAGUGCUGAUGCUGUGUGUAACAAUACUAAAGGAUCGUACAACUGUACAUGCAAAGAAGGAUACUAUGGAGAUGGAAAUAUCUGCCGUGCGGCUUCGACGUGUAAGGAAAUUUUCGACCGGAAUGUGUCGCGACGAAGCCAAGUAUACCCGCUGAUGUUUGGUUCACAAACGAUUCCUGUUUUCUGUCACAUGGGAAACUUUGGAUGUGGGGAUGGAGGAUGGACACUGGCCAUGAAGAUUGCCGGCACGCAGAGAACUUUCCAUUACGAUUCCCAAUUCUGGAGCAACAGAAGUGCCUAUAACUUUGGUGGAGGCAAGACUGGCUUUGAUUCCCAAGAGACUAAGUUACCAACCUACUGGAACACAUCCUUCUCCAAGAUCUGCCUCGGUACGAAGAUUGAUCAUCAGCUCAAGUUCAUUGUCAUCCACAAGCACGCCAACUCACUGUUUUCACUGAUCGCUGAUGGGAAAUACCGUGCCACCUCACUGGGUCGUAACACGUGGAAAUCGCUGGUUGGUCCACGGGCUUCCUUGCAGCUCAACUGCAAUAAGGAAGGAUUCAAUGCAGUGGGAGACAGCCCUAGUCAUUCCAAAGCAAGAAUCGGCAUCACGGCUAACGAGCAGAAUGACUGUGGUUCCUGUGACUCCCGAAUUGGUUUUGGCACAGGAGGUUUCUCUGAUGAUUCCAACACGUGUGGAAAUCAGGCAACGCACUCGCCAGAUAAUGGAAACAAGCACAUCAAAGCCAUGGGUUACAUCCUGGUACAGUGACAGGAAACCCAGUCCAACUUCCCAAAUUUUAAGCCGAGAAGCCAUCAUGAAGAAGAAAAUGUAGUGUCCUAAAACCUUAA